UUAGAGGACUCACCACCAUCCUCUCCAAUGGAAACGAGACAGAGGCGGGCCCAGUGGAGGAAGAAGCAUGGCGUGGCGACAGCUCAAAAAGCGGGCCCAGGAUGCCAUGGUGAUCCUGGGGGGCGGAGGACUUCUCUUCGCCUCCUACCUGACAGCCACGGGGGAUGAGCGUUUCUACAGGGAACUCCUGAUGCCGGCUCUGCAGGGGCUGCUAGACCCAGAGACAGCUCACAGGCUGGCCAUUCGCUUCACAUCCCUGGGGCUCCUUCCUCGGGCCACGUUUCAAGACUCUGACAUGCUGGAAGUGAGAGUCCUGGGACAUAAAUUCCGAAAUCCAGUAGGAAUCGCUGCAGGAUUUGAUAAGCACGGGGAAGCUGUGGAUGGCCUUUACAAGAUGGGCUUCGGUUUUGUUGAGAUAGGCAGUGUUACCCCCAAACCUCAGGAGGGAAACCCCAGACCCAGGGUCUUCCGCCUCCCCGAGGACCAAGCCAUCAUUAACAGAUACGGAUUCAACAGUCACGGGCUCUCAGUGGUGGAACACAGGUUACGGGCCAGGCAGCAGACGCAGGCCAGGCUCACAGAAGAUGGGCUGCCACUGGGAAUAAACCUGGGGAAGAAUAAGACCUCGGUGGACGCUGCCUCGGACUACGCAGAGGGGGUUCGAGUCCUGGGCCCCUUGGCUGACUACCUGGUGGUGAAUGUGUCCAGUCCCAACACAGCUGGGCUGCGGAGCCUUCAGGGGAAGGCUGAGCUGCGCCGCCUGCUGACCAAGGUGCUACAGGAGAGGGAUGCCUUGAAGGUAGCCCACAAGCCGGCCGUGCUGGUAAAGAUCGCUCCUGACCUCACGGCGCAAGACAAGGAAGAUAUCGCCAGUGUGGUGAGAGAGCUGGGCGUCGAUGGACUGAUUGUCACGAACACCACAGUGAGCCGCCCUGCCAGCCUGCGAGGUGCCUUGCGCUCUGAAACUGGAGGGCUGAGCGGGAGGCCCCUCCGGGACUUAUCAACGCAAACCAUCCGGGAGAUGUAUGCACUCACCCAAGGCAAGAAUUCCGCCUCCUCAUCUGCAGAUCCACGUGGCUCGGGCUCUGGGGCUGUGAACCGCAGCACUCAGGAGGGGGCCGGGGCUGGAGCCAAACAGCCCCAAGUUCUUCACGCGGCCGGUGCUUCUCUGCAGGCAGCGUUCCCAUCAUCGGUGUCGGCGGCAUCAGCAGCGGGCAGGACGCGCUGGAGAAGAUCCGGGCGGGAGCCUCCCUGGUGCAGCUGUACACGGCGCUCACCUUCCGCGGGCCGCCAGUGGUGGGCGGCGUCAAGCGCGAGCUGGAGGCCCUUUUGAAGGAGCAAGGUUUUACCACAGUCACAGACGCCAUUGGAGCAGAUCAUCGGAGGUGAGGACAGGUCAGUGGGAAGCCUGAUGUGGAUGGAACCUUCCUGCUAAAUCAGGCGAGCCUUCCUGGCUGUUGGAGAGAGGAGAGUCACAGCCCGCAAACCACAAGGGCCCCUCCUCCCGCUGGAUUGUAAAAGCCAAGCCCAGGAAUCACCAGAAGCAAUACAAGGCUUUAAUUUCUUUCCAGACCAUGAACUGCAUCCAUGAUCUUUUUCUAGAUUCAAAUUCUACGAUCUUUUAAUAUUACAAGGACAUUAGACAUUUGGGGGGAAAUCAUGAUAAAAUAAAGUCAUUUAAAAACUGGA